CUUUCCCCCUUCCCCCCCACGGCAGGAGACUGGCCUGUAGCCUCCCUUCCCUUGUCCCUCGCUUUCUCUCCCCCCUUCCUCUCGCAGGAGACUGGCCUGUAGCCUCCCUUCGCUUCUCCCUCGCUUCCCCCCUCCCUCCCCCGCGGGAGACGGGCCUGUGGCCUCCCUUCCCUUCUCACUAGCUUCCCCCCUCCGGGAGACGGACCUGAGCCCUAGCCGGCCUCCAAUUCCUCUGUCCCUGCCGCACCCCGUCCAUCCCUGUCUCCAGAUGUGCGUCUCCCCCGCCCCAUCCCUGUCUCCAGGUGUACGUGCUGUUACCUCCACUUCUUUCCUGCCCGUCUUAGAAGGAGGCCGGUCUUUGAGAUCUGCUCUUCCCAUUGUGUCCUUUCUCAGGGCAAGAACGACCUCUGAAUGCUGCUCCCCUCCCCCAAAGUCUUGCUGAUCAUCCCAUUGUCAUAGAGGGAGAGGGGUCUGUCAGGCCAUUGCCCCCAUUAACCUUAUCUUGUUUUCUCCCUCCCUGAUGGCCCGGAGGGAAUUGGGCUUGUAGGGAUCACUGCCCCACCCCUUCAGUCCUGGUUCUGCUCCCUCACAUGCCAUAGGGAAAGGGGGUGUGGUUAUUGCUCCUUCCUGAUCAACUCCUGAACUGACUGUGUAUCAUAUCAGAGUGACAAGGAGGGUGAGGUAAUAUCUUUUAUUGGACCAACUUCUGUUGGUGAGAGAAACAAGCUUUCGAGCUAACACAGAGCUCAUCUUCAGGUUUGGGAAAUGCAACAGAGAAGGGGGAGCCAGUGGAGGGAUUCAGAGAUAGGGGUGACAUGGUUAUAGCAAUGAGCUAGGAAAAUUAUCUUUGCAGCAGCAUUCUGAAUGGGUAUGAGUGGGGGAAGAUUGCAUUUUUCAAAGCUGGUGAGAAGAACGUUGCAGUAUCGAGAUGAGAUUGGAUGAGAGUUUUAGCUGUGUGGAUGGAUAGGAAAGGCCAUAUCUUAGAGAUGUUACAGAGAAAGAAUUGGCAAUAUUUAGAUAUAUCUUGGAUAUGAGGACCUAGAGAGAGAUUCAAGUCAGGCUAUGGGCCUGAGUGAUGGGCAGGUUGGUCGUGGUGGUGGUCAAAGUGAUCAAGAAAGGAGGUGGUGAAAUCUCCAAGGCUGAGGCAUUAGCAUUUCAUGUUUUCCUGAUUGUCAGGUCUGCAUUUUUAUUUGACGUGCUGAAGCUUUGUAAAGGGGACUAGUGUCCUGAAUUCUUUUGUGACAGGUGCAGAAAAUACUAAAGGUUUGGAAGAGCAACAUUCUAAGAUACUGAAAAAUCUGGACUUUUAAUUAUAUACUUCCUAAAGAAAUAUAAAGCGUUGAAAAUUGUAGCCUCCUUGCAGUUUAUUUUAUGGUAUCUGUACCUCUUACUUUUUUCUGUAUUUUAUAUUCAAGAAACAGCAUGAGCACAACUCAAAGAAAACGUCGUGGAGGAGCCAUCAAUUCUAGGCAAACUCAGAAACGAAACAGACUGGUAGCUUCAGCGACAGAAAUGGCUUCAGAAGCAGAGCCAAUAGAACUUGAAGAAAGCGCUGGUGAAGAAGUAGUAGAUCUCACAUGUGAAUCUUCUGAACCUGUAGUAGUUGAUCUAACUCACAAUGAUUCUGUUGUGAUUGUUGAAGAGAAUCAACGUCAACGGAGAAAUCUAGGGUUAAGAAGCCAACGGCAAUCUGACAGCUGUGUAUUAAGUAGUGAUGAUGAAGAUGAAUCAAGAGAUAAUGAUGUAUACGUAACAAACAAGGUGUCUGGAGAUUUAGAAACACUGGAGGAUGAAACUGCAAGUUCAAGGCCUUCAGGUACCGUUAGUUGUCCAAUUUGCAUGGAUGGAUACUCAGAGAUUGUACAAAGUGGACGACUUAUCGUGUCAACCAAAUGUGGCCAUGUCUUCUGUAGUCAGUGCCUCCGUGACUCCCUUAGAAAUGCUAACUCUUGCCCAACUUGUAGGAAAAAACUCAAUCACAAACAGUACCAUCCAAUUUAUAUAUAAGCACUUUGAAUUCUUCUCAGGACAGCCUCAACUGGAUCUUGGUGAAAAUGUCAUGCAUUUGUGAUGCCUUGAAGAUUAAAGGAGCAACAGGUUGUAUGCCCACCCAAUUGUAGUAAAACGGAUUUUUUGAGAAUUAACUUGUGCAUAUCUAAACAGCUUUCAUAUGGUCCAGUCAUACUGUCCAAAAUAGCUUCUUGUUUUGUCACUUGUUCGUGUUAACAGUUCUUGAAGGUCUGCAAACACAGGUCGGUAUGUGUCACCAAUGAAGCAGCUGAUGUUCUGUUUCCCUUUGCUUCUUUUCAAGUGCUUGAAAUUGAGUUCUGGAUAUAUAUAUAUAUUUUUUUCUAUUUCUUAAAUGCUUUUAAUUACACCUCACCUUCCCCCUUCCGCCCAGAUAAAGAAGUUACAUUGCCUACAAGUAUGAAUAAAUGCUUUCAUUUGAAUCUUUAUCAUGAUGUAGGUGGCAGGCAGCAAGUUACUGGAGAGCACCCUGCUGCUAAAGCAUGUAGUCUUACCUGAAGUGCAGUUAGUCCAACUAGAAUGAGUUUUGUGAUAGGCAAAAACUUAAUGCAAUAUUAAAUUGUAUACCAGGGUAAUGCAUUGAACUAAUAUGCCAUUAGCCAGCAACUAACCUUUCUGUAACUAGAAGUCUUGAAUAUGCAGACCUAUAUUUAUGGGCUCCAUGAGGUUUAGAGUACAUAGCCAAAUUAAAACUUUCAUAAUAUGAAUGUGAAAAUAUUUCAUUUCUGGUGUACCUUAACUGCCCAAGAAUUACUUGAUUUGAAUCGCAGUAUUGAAAUGUUUCCUAAUCUGUGGUGAGAUGAUUUCUUGCUUUAAUACUGUUCAGUGCUGAAUGCUAUAAAAUAGAAUUUUUAUUUCAGCACAAAAUUACAAGGAGAUAUGAUGCCUCGGUGAGUUGAUGCAUUUAACUGUAAUAGUUCUAUAUGUAGGCAAGAUGUUAACAUCAGUUUUCUAUGAUCUCUGUACAUACCUGACACUUGGGCCGAUGUUUUGUUCCACAAUAUAAUAACAAUAUCUACCAAGGCAUCUUUAAAACUGGAGGUUAGUCUGUGAAACAUGAAAAAAAAUAAACUGCCAGCUACUUUGAAGACUGUUAGAAUACAUUUUUCAGACUUUCUUUUUACCCCUUCUUUCCCCCCCCCCCCCCCAACUUCCAAAAAGAGAAUUUCAAGAGGUAUGUAAUUAACACAGAUAAUAAGUAGUAGUAUCUUAUUACUCCAUCAUUGGGAGAAUGGAUUAUUUUAAAUGAAAGAACCUGCUCUAGUUAGCCAAUUAAACUUUGAAGAGGUGUCUAGCCAAGACUACACAAUGUUUUGUAGAAUCUUCAGUGUGCAGAAUAUGGCCUGUAUGUAGCAGUAUGGUUACUGACCCAGGAGAAAUGUAAUACUUGCGCUCCUCUGAUCCUUAUAUAAUCAGAGUUUUUUACAUGGAAAAGCCUGCUGUACUGUAACCUAUGCACCCUGGCAAUACUCUCUACAUAUUAAAAGGAUAUAAUCGCCAGUAAUUGCUUUCACUUACACUGAAUUAUUUAAACCUAGUGCUGAACGAAGACUUUCCUAAAAUAUUUUCAGGACAGUGCAAUUAAUUUCUGUAUCAUGUUUAUAGAAGAACCUGUGGGAUUUUUUUUUCUUCCAUGUCUUGGAAGACAAACUGAGCAAGAGCUUUAUUCUCUUCAGAUUGUUCGGAAGCAUCUGUCACAUGCAGAAAAAGCAGACCACCAUGAUGCUGUCUAGUAAGUUAGGACCACAUACACUCGACUAUUAAAACCUCCCAAUAGUUUCUAAAUAAAUUAAGGUAAAUGGUUCUCAGAUAUGAGCCAUCAUACCUAAACUACUGUGUACAGGGAAGGCAAUAAGAGCAUAUAAAUGUAAGGGAUUAAGUCUGGGGUCGUGGUUGAGUAGCAUGUCCCUAGAUCUUUAAUUUGAGUACUAGCCCUAGCUUGAAUUGUGUUUUUGCACAGUUUCCACCGUGUAAAUAUCUCUUUACAGCUUGCAUAUCAAUAUAUAAACCUACUUGGACUUUAGAUACUACAAACUGUAGAAUAUUCAACAACAAAAGUUUUUAACUUUUGUGAUCCCUAUUAAGUGCCACGUUUUGUGUACUUGAAAACAAAUUUUAAACUUUCAAUAUCAAAAUGGCAAAUGUUAAAGUUGCAUUAUAAUUUUAAAAAACUUGAAAUAGAUAUAUUUUAAUUUCCAGUAAAGGCAGUGGCUCAGUAUAGCUCAUGACAUUUGCAAGAACUGAUAGAUAAUAUAAAGAUUUUUUUGAUUAUGUAAAUGUAUGUUUUUCACUUGUCAUUGUAUAUAGUUCAAAUUUUCCUGUAUUUAAUUGUAUUCAUGUCUGUAUGUCAGAUCUACUUUGGACUCUACUGGUAGACAAAUAAUUCUUUAACAGAUGGAAAUAAAACUAUUAAUUUGA